CCCUUCCUUAAAUGCAAGAUUGGAGCAUAUCUUGUCCGGAAUUGCAUCUAAAUUUACCCUUCUUUCACUUUCAAUUUUGACAUUUUGACCACGUUUCGAGACAAAUAAAAUUUGGGGAUGGACACCAGUAAGACAGAAGAGAAGUUCAGGAAAUUUCUGUCACGUUUAAGCGACAAAGAUGAACUUCAGUUUCUAGGAUGGUUAAAGAAUAAUAUAGAUGAUUUAUUAGAUGAAGCUAGAGAUACAUGCUGCAAGGAAAAUGAUGUUAUACUAAACAGCCUUAGAGAUGACAUACGACAGAGUUUACCCCAGAAUGCUGUGUCUGCAACUGAAAACAUACAGACACCAACUAUUGGUAUGAACAGUGACUGUGACCCUGCUACUACAGUCCAUGUUGAUGCCUUUCUGUAUGACGAGGAAACAGUAGAUGAUUUGUGUGAUGAAGGCAAAAUGAGCAGAAACUAUUGUCAGAAAUGUGGCUCACAUGAUGUUAAACCUCUCACUUUCAUUACACAUUCAGCAUCUGUACCACAGAUUAAAUACAUAUACCAGUAUCUGUUACCUGAUUUAAGAGCUAAAACAGUAGUAGAUGUUGGGUCAAGAACAGGAGCAUUGUUAUAUGGGGGUUAUAUAUUUAGUAAUGCAGAGAAAUUGAUAGGCAUAGAAAUUGAUGUCAGUUUUUGUGUGUUACAAAAGAGAAUGUUAAACAAAUACAAAAUGACAGACAGAGUUCAGAUUCUACAUAAGGAUGUUUUAAAUUGUACUGAUGUGAUUAAGAAAGCUGACAUCAUUGUUCUUAAUAAUGUGUUUGAGUUUUUCAUGCCCAAAGAAGUUCAAGAAAGGAUAUGGAACUAUUUGUAUGACACUUUAAAGAAAACAGGAACUAUUAUUGUGACAGUACCUAGCAUGGAAGAUUCUAUAUCACCUCUACAGACCAAGGUUGAUUUGGACAAGUGGGUGAAAAAGAUAGAUACUUCAGCAACUCUUCCUCAUGCCAAUCUGUUGUUAUAUGGAAAUGAAGAUCAUGAAGACUCAGAUUUAGAAAAUAUUUUUGUGUACAAAGUCUUGUGAUAGAAUAUUAUUAUCAGAAAAAUAUAACUUAUAUCAAUAAAUUUAUCUCAAUUACAAA